AUGUGGAGCAUCCUGCUUCUGCUGAAUGGGCUCAGAGGGCUUGGCAGCCUCCAGACCGAGAGCGAUUCUGAAAGACUACCGGUGCAAGUUACAGUUCCGGAGAAAAUACGGUCGAAUACAAGCGGAGGAUAUGAAUCAGAAGUAUCCUACAGGAUCACAAUUACAGACAAAACGUACACCAUGAACCUAGUGCAAAAAGCAUUUUUACCUCCUAACUUCAGAGUUUAUACUUAUGAUAGUGCGGGAAUUUUGAAAUCUCUUGAACAACAGUUUCAGAAUUUCUGUUAUUUCCAAGGAUAUAUUGAAGGCUAUCCAGAUUCCAUGGUGAUUGUUAACACAUGCACUGGACUCAGAGGCUUUCUUCAGUUUGGAAAUGUUAGCUAUGGGAUUGAGCCUCUCGAAUCUUCAAUUGGAUUUGAGCAUGUGAUUUAUCAAGUAAAGCAUAAGAAAAUAGAUGCUUUGUUAUAUACUGAGAAGGAUAUGGACCUAAGGGAUCUGCAGUAUAAAAUACAAACUAUAGAGCUCAAACCAGAUUUUUUUCACUAUAUAGAAAUGCAUCUUGUGGUUGAAAAAGAACUGUAUGAUCGUAUGGGUACGGACAUAUCUGUUGUCACUCAGAAGAUUUUCCAGUUGAUUGGAUUGGUGAAUGCCAUUUUUGCUCCCCUUAAUCUCACAGUAAUUCUGUCUUCCCUGGAGUUUUGGAUUGAUGAAAACAGAAUCUCAGUCACUGGAGAUGCUAAUGAAUUGUUGUACAAAUUUCUAAAAUGGAAACACUCUUACCUCGUUCUGCGUCCACACGACAUAGCAUUUUUACUAGUUUACAGAGAAGUCUCAGACUACGUUGGGGCCACCUUUCAAGGGAAGAUGUGUGAUAAAACCCACGCAGGAGGUAUUGCUCUGCACCCCAAAACCAUAACUCUGGAAUCACUUUCAAUUAUUCUAGUUCAGCUACUGAGCCUCAGCAUGGGGAUAGCAUAUGAUGACCUCAGCAAAUGCCAGUGUGGUGGAGCUAUCUGCAUAAUGAACCCGGAAGCAAUUUAUUCCAGUGGUAUGAAGACCUUUAGCAAUUGCAGCAUUGAAAAAUUUACAAGCUUUAUCUCAAGUCAAAGCUCCUAUUGUCUUCUGAACCAGCCACGGUUACAGCUGUCUUACAAGAAGGCAGUUUGCGGGAAUGGAAAAUUGGAAACAGGAGAAGUCUGUGAUUGUGGAACUGAGGGGUGUGGCAAUAACCCUCCACCAUGCUGUGAUCCUGCCACGUGUCAACUGUCACAAGGUUCAGUUUGUGCUGAUGGCCCGUGCUGUGAUAACUGUAAUGUGAUGAAAAAAGGAAGCGUGUGCAGGCCCGCCAAUGAGGAGUGUGAUCUCGUGGAGUACUGCAAUGGCUCAGCAGCGGUGUGUGACGAAGACUUCUUUGUCCACAACGGACACCCGUGUGGAGACAAUCAGUGGAUCUGUAUUAAUGGAUCUUGCCAGAGCGGGUCAAAGCAGUGUGCAGAUACAUUUGGUGAAGAUGCAGACUUUGGUACCAACGAAUGCUAUAAUGAACUGAAUUCUAAGAACGACAUAUCUGGGAACUGUGGCAUCACUGCUGAUGGGUACAUAGCCUGCUCACCUAAAAACCUGAAGUGUGGGAAAUUAAUAUGUAAAUACAAAAGUGACAAGUUAAUUAAAGUAAAAUCUGCCACUACUAUUUAUGCCAAUAUAAGUGGACAUAUCUGCGUUUCUCUGGAAUAUGCCUAUGAUCAUGGAGAGAGCCACAAGAUGUGGGUGAGAGACGGAACCGUUUGCGAUUCAAAGAAGGUUUGCUUGAAUAAAGAAUGUGUACAAGAUACAUUCUUGAAUUAUGACUGCACACCAGAAACCUGCAACAAUCAUGGUGUUUGCAAUAACAAGAAGCAUUGCCAUUGCGACCACUCAUACUUACCUCCAGCAUGUGACAAAACAGAUGACUUGUGGCCUGGCGGGAGUGUUGACAGCGGCAAUCAACGCGCUGAAUCGGCCCCCAUAAGGUCCUACGUUGAGACAGCAUACAGUGCCAAACCCACAAGGUGGCCAUACUUCUUGAUCAUCCCUUUUUAUAUUAUUAUCUGUGUCCUGGUCGGCAUACUGGUAAGAAUUCACACCCAAAGGAGAAAAUGGAGAACCGAAGAGUAUUCAAGUGAUGAUCAAUUUGAAAGUGAAAGUGAAUCCAAAACCUAGUCUGGACAGCAAAGAGUCCAUGAAUUCCAUGCUAUCACAGUGAGUC